AUGUCUCUUAUACACGCCGCUUCUGAGGCUGCCUUCGGAGGGACUGGCGCGGAUUGUUUGAGCAGAGCAACACAGCUGGUCUGCGAACUGUUUCUCAACAGCGGAUCGGGUGUUGAGGAGAUUGUGAGAAGAUAUUACGCUGAAGUACAUUCUUGGUUUCCGAUCAUCCAGGAAGAUGUCGAACAUUUCUUGUCCUCGACCAUUCCCACCAACUUAGGAGAUCAUGGCCACCUAUUGCUCUCCAUGUAUCUUGCAUCUCACCCUCUGUGCGAGCACAUGAAUCAUGUUGCUGACAGCCCUCUAUAUCUAAUUACCAGGCAAAUGUUUCUUGUCAUGCAGGCAUUGAGCACUAUGUCAAUCCGGCUGCUCCAGAGCGGUCUCCUUAUUGCAGUAUAUGAAUUUGGUCAUGGCCUCACCAAAAAAGCCCAACAUACCGUCAGUUCUUGUCUAGCAAUAUAUCGAAGUCUUGUUGCAUCCCAAUGUGAUCAAGAACCAAGUUCAGAUAAGGACAUGUCGGGGAUCAAGGCCUGCUGGCAGUCGAUUAUACUUCUUGAUCGUUUAACCAUCUUUUCUAAGAUUAUCGAUGACGUUACGACAACGCAAACGCUAUUUCAACAAGACUCCUUGUCUUGGGAAUCCAUCUGUAGUUCAAGCAUAUUGCCAAGUUUUACAAGUCACCCUAACGCUAAAGGAAAGUUUUUGGACAUGGAAAUGGGAACAUCCAAUUUCUCAAUGCUAUACCGCGUAUCAAUCCUGGCCGGUGAUGUAUUUGAGCAUGUGGCACAAGCGGCAGCCGGGAGAGAACCAUCAACACUAUACAAAGACCUUGAGAAGGAGAUCAGCCUCAUCACCUGCAACAUGAUCGAAGAAGCUGGUACCGCUAGCACAAAGUUUUGCGAGAGCAUUGCCCUGGCUCUUUGCUCGUUGUUGUUAUUACAGCUGUUCCGCACAACGUGCCAGCUUAAAAGCCACAUCGCUGGAGAAGAUAAUAUCGCUCUAGAGACAACUAAGCGCAUGGUCCUCGACAUGAACAGAACAGCAAGUUACAUCUUGCAGACGAACGAUUCUUCCGCAAUGUCCCUAGUGGGAAUUUGCUGUGUUUGCUCUGCAGGGGUACUUCUUGUGCUGGCAUCUCAAAGAGGUCACCAGAUAAGCCUUGCGGAUUCCGAUCUGGCUACUAUUCGAUUCAAUCUGGAAGCUCUAAACAGGCGAUGGGGGAUCGGAGUGUCUAGGUCAGGGUCCAGACCUCGAUGGCUCGUGUUAAACAGCGACAACGACAACAAUAUAGCCCGAAACAUCAAGGUUUAUAUGUAUCUUUAA